CAAGUUUCAAUUCUUCUAAAUGCAACGCUGCUUGUGAUUUAGUACGACCGUUGAAUUCCGUUGGAGUGGGUGCAUCUGAACUAUUAACGCAACGCGCCAUUUAAUUCAGUCUAGCCGGAAAGCCUGAGCAAUAUUCAAAUACUGUGCUAGUUUCAAGCACGAUAAUAUAUAAUACAGAUUCAGCAAAUAUAACACCCUAAUUGAAAAUAUGGACUCUACUGUAACAUCCAUUAUAACUUCAAAACCAAUAAAGGCAAUGAAUGUGACUGAAUUAAGCUCUUCUCUACAACAUUUUGGUGUUCUUGACUAUUUCGUUUUUGUGCUCAUGCUGUCGGUGUGUGCAAUAAUUGGUUUAUAUUUUGGAUUCAUUGAGAACAAGAAAAAGCAAAGUGACAAUGAGCAGCGACGGGGUUCAGAGGCGUUAGAAUACUUGGUGGGCGGAAGAAAAAUGAAAGUGUUUCCUGUGGCUUUGUCUUUAGUCGCGAGUUUUGUUUCGGGAAUAUCUCUACUUGGUACAUCUACGGAAAUCUAUGUUUACGGUACCCAAUAUGCUUUCAUUCUCAUUACGUUAGUCAUAUCUGGAAUAAUAUCGUGGUAUGUCUUUCUUCCUGUUUUUUGCAAUCUUCAGUUAACUUCAACAUAUGAGUAUUUUGAAAUGCGGUUUGGUCGCGAGGUACGCUAUUUUGGAUCCGUUUUGUUUAUCGUAAACAUGAUUCUUUGGCUGCCCGUUGCAGUAUAUGUACCAGCUUUGACCUUUAACCAAGUAUCUGGAAUCGACACGCAUAUUGUAACUCCAAUAGUGUGUCUGAUUUGCACCUUCUAUACUUGUGUGGGCGGCUUAAAAGCAGUGAUUUGGACAGAUGUUGUGCAGAGCUUCAUUAUGUAUGGAUCAAUAGUGACUAUUUGCAUUAAAGGUACACUUGAUGUGGGGGGUUUAGAUGUGGUUUUGCAACGAAAUAGAGAAAGCGGUCGUUUGAACAUGCCGGAUUGGACCUGGGAUCCUACUGUACGUUUGUCUAUGUUAGCUGUAUUUGUGGGAGGAUCUCUUCAUAAGAUACAAUCUUCUGCUGUCAAUCAAAUUUGCAUCCAACGUUACCUUUCAUUGCCUUCCCUACAAAAAGCCAAACACACAGUCGUUUUAUUUAAUAUCCUGCUGAUCUUUCUGAUGUUGUGUUGUUGUUAUAUGGGAUUAUUAGCCUAUGCCAGUUACUACGACUGCGAUCCAAUUAGCACAAAGCUUGCUGCGGCUAGUGAUCAGUUGCCAACUUUACUCGUAAUGAAGACGGUGGGUGAUAUACCUGGUUUGACAGGCCUUUUUGUUGCUGGUGUUUUCAGCGCAGCAUUGAGCUCAUUAUCUACUGGGUUGAAUUCCUUGGCUUGUGUUAUUUCUCAAGAUAUUAUUGCAUCCUUCUUUAAGAAACCGUUGAACGAACGGCAUACAGCUAUUUUAUUGCGCUUAAUCGUUUUUGUUUUUGGUAUAGCUUGCAUCGGUUUGGUUUAUGUCGUUGAGAAACUUGGUAUGGUUUUACAGUUAGCCACAAUGACAGGGGCAGUCACAAUGGGACCACUCUUAGCUGUUUACACAAUGGGCGUUUGCUUUCCAUGGAUCAAUGGGAAGAGCGCACUUACGGGUUGUGUGACCGGCUUUUUAGUUUUGAGUUGGAUAUGUACUAAUGCACAAAUCGCCCAAAUGAGAGGGGAAAUCGCUUAUCCGAAAAUGCCAGUAUCCAUUGAUGGAUGCGAAUAUGAAUUUGAUAAUGCGACAGCUUGGGAUACCAUUUACAACUAUCAGCCAUCAACUUUCGAACAGCGCAAUUUAUACCAUCUAUCCUUUUUGUGGUAUUCUGCUUUUGGUGCAAUGAUUUCGAUGGCCGUUGCAUGUGUGUCAACUAGACUAUUUGGUACAACGGAUUUGGAAAAAAUAGAUCCAGCAUUACUUUCACCCUUUGCACGGCGCUUCUUACCACUAAAACAACGCAAAGCGUAUUGUAGUGUUAGUUUGGAAGAUUUUACUAAUGCUAAGUCUCCGAAUGAGGGUUUCCAACGACGUGCUAACUAAAUUAAUUAUAAAUGCUUUAAUGUAUGUCUACUCUGUUUUCAAGUGUUUUGGCUUAAGUUUUCCAAAAAAUAUUUAUAAUGUGCGUAUGUGUAUUCCAUGAAUAGGAAUUGGAUGUGUUUUAUCCGCAUCCUUACAUCUUUUAAAGUAGUUUAACUUUGCAUAUGUAUACCUGUGUAGGGUUCUUAAGAUUUGUUUACAAAUUGGCUAAUAAAACUGAUGUUAAAUACUUAAA